GGCGGCAGCUGGAGGAUGAAGAAGGAGCAUGUGCUGCACUGUCAGUUCUCCGCGUGGUACCCGCUGUUCCGAAGCCUCACCAUCAAGAGAAUCUGGUUCCAGUUAUCUGUGGUGUAAUGGAGGUUUGAGCAGCUCAAGGGAAGAUAAUCUUUGCAUUUGAAGAUGGUUGAAGUCACACCAAAAGGAAAGGAAGAGCUUCAACAGCAGCAGUGGAUGUUGCCUCCUAACAUCGGAGUUUUCAUCCUUGUCAUUCUUCCACUUCCUCAGAAUGUGAAGGACUAUUUGCUCGAUGAUGGAACUCUGGUGGUUUCAGGAAGGGAAGAUCCACCAGCACGUUCUCAGCCAGACAGUGAUGAUGAGGCAGAAGAAAUACAGUGGUCGGAUGACGAGAACACGGCCACGCUCACGGCACCAGAAUUUCCCGAGUUCACUACCAAAGUCCAAGAAGCUAUCAAUUCCCUGGGUGGCAGUGUGUUUCCUAAGCUUAACUGGAGUGCCCCACGGGAUGCCUACUGGAUAGCAAUGAAUAGUUCUCUGAAAUGUAAAACCCUCAGCGACAUCUUUCUGCUGUUCAAGAGUUCUGAUUUCAUCACUCGUGACUUCACUCAACCAUUUAUUCAUUGUACUGAUGAUUCCCCAGAUCCUUGUAUGGAAUAUGAGCUUGUUCUUCGAAAAUGGUGUGAAUUAAUUCCUGGGGCUGAGUUCCGAUGUUUUGUCAAGGAAAACAAGCUUAUUGGUAUUUCUCAAAGGGACUACACACAGUACUAUGAUCAUAUUUCUAAACAAAAGGAAGAAAUUUGCAGAUGCAUACAAGACUUUUUCAGGAAACACAUACAGUAUAAAUUCUUAGAUGAAGACUUUGUGUUCGAUAUAUACAGAGACAGUAGGGGGAAGGUGUGGCUAAUUGAUUUUAAUCCCUUUGGUGAAGUAACAGACUCACUAUUGUUUACUUGGGAAGAACUGAUUUCUGAAAGAAACCUAAAAGGUGAUUUUCGCGAAGGAGAUGCUCUGGAGCAGGAUUCUCCAGCUUUCCGUUGCACAAACAGUGAAGUUACUGUUCAGCCGAGUCCCUAUCUGAGCUAUCGACUGCCCAAGGACUUUGUAGAUCUCUCCACUGGGGAAGAUGCUCACAAACUCAUAGAUUUUCUUAAACUGAAAAGAAAUCAGCAAGAGGACGAAUGAUCAGAGUGCCAGAGUUCAAGACCGAGUUACAGAGGAAACCACCGCUCCUUCGGGAGGCUGCUCAUGGUUCACGACUUCCUACUGACCCAGUCGGAUGGGGUGGGGCGGGCUAUGUGGAAAUCAGUAGCUUUUUAUAUUCAUGUAUAUUAAGCUGGAAAAAAAUGGAAGGACUUUGCUACUUGUAAAAAUAAUGUAAUAAAUAGAUCUUAAACAUAGGAAACCAUACUGUUCUGAUGAUAAAAUACUUUCUAUGAAAUACCUUUCUCUUUUGGCGCAGUCUGUCUCGAUUUAUCUAGGUUUCUUGUGCUGUUUUUAUACCUGUCAGGUAGAUGGGCAAAUUUAUUUUUAUUAUACAGAAAUGGAUUCUUUCCUAAUCAUUACUUUUCCUCUGAAAAAAUAGAAUCUUUUAUUACUAUAGAAAAUAUUUUUCCUGCUUUGAGGAUUUUCAUAUAAUUUUCCUAUCAGUUUAGCUUCAGUUUGGUAUAGCUGAAAGAAUACAGACUUCUCGAUUGGCACAGAUAUCAGCUCAGGGACAAUCUUCCUCAAGCGAAAAGAGGAGGAUUUGCAACAGAUGUUAGCUCACGGCCAAUCUUCCUACCAAAAAAAAAAAGAGAAAAAGAAUACAGACUUCUCAAACUAUCAACUAAUCAUGAAAAUUUCAGUAUAUUACAACCACCUUAAUAUACAUUAGUAAAAUGAUCACAGAUUUAAUUACAAUUUGGCCUUUUAAAAAAAUACUGGAGGGCCGGCCCCGUGGCUUAGCGGUUAAGUGCGCGCUCUCCGCUACUGGCGGCCCGGGUUCGGAUCCCGGGCGCACACCGACGCACUGCUUCUCCGGCCGUGCUGAGGCCGCGUCCCACAUACAGCAACUGGAAGGAUGUGCAACUGUGACAUACAACUAUCUACUGGGGCUUUGGGGGAAAAAAAAAGGAGAAGGAUUGGCAAUGGAUGUUGGCUCAGAGCCGGUCUUCCUCAGCGAAAAGAGGAGGAUUACCAUGGAUGUUAGCUCAGGGCUGAUCUUCCUCACAAAAAAAAUAAUAAUAAUAAAAAAAUACUGGAAGUUUGGGACAGUAGAUUCACUUUUUUAGGCCACCAUUUUAGUAAUUAUUCUUCAGUGCCCUAAUUGGUGAUGAUGAUGGCUAAUUGACUCAGCACUGACUGUAUGCCAAGACGGUCUGCCAAGUGCUCUUUGUGUAUUAUUUUAUAUCAUGGAGCAAUCUGAAGGAAAUAGACAUUACAGUUUCCCAGGGUUUCUAUCUAAUGUGGUCUCACAGAAUAUUUUACUAGCUGGAGUUACGUUUCUCAUCACAGGAGAGCACAUAUGAGUCCUGCCCAUAGGAAGAUAUAGAGAGAAGUGGGGCGAAGUUUCCCCUUUCUGUGCAAUGAAGGCAGAUUCUGUACAAUGGUGAAAAAUAUCAUUUCUUUUUUGGUUAUCUCAAAUUCUUUUUGUGUGGUUUUUCCAUUGCAAUAACGUGAUAUUAGUAUUUCAAAUACAAAACACAAAGAUCCAGCUGUGAUCCUUGUGCUCAGUGUGUCAAAUGCCGUUCCUGACGCCAAUUGUUUGAGGUGCAGCUGCUUUAAAAGUAUUUUCGUUGUUUUAAACUGCACACGAGCGUCCGUUAACUCAUGACAGAGGGAUUUAUUAUCGUGAGCUUAGCUCUGGCAGCUGGCUUCACCAAGAUGGUGCUUUACCAGUCACAGAAAAAGAAGUAAAUGUAUUUGAUACCAAUUGAAAAAAUUUAGGCAAAAAGAAUAAAAAGACUCGAGCACAACUUGGCAAAUAUUUCAUGAAUAGUACAAUUUGUGGUGUAAAACAUUAAAUUUUUAUAUUAAUUUUCCUGAGGAAAUUGUUGAGUUCAACUCUCGCUUUACUUUCAAAAAUGUGAUUUUUGUAUGUUGUUUCCUUAGUAUAUUUAAUUUUAGUUGAUUUGAUGUUAAUAUUAAAUAUAGGAUAAUAUGCAGGAAAUAGUCUCCUAAGUUCAGAUAUCACUUAUGCCCGCCUAAAGAUUAGUUUUGAAUUAUCCUUUUAUUUUAUUGGCACUGUCUGUUCUUUCUUUGGCAUUGUGCUGGAAUGUAGAAAGUGAAUACCUGUGAUUUCCUUAGCCGGGUCCUAAAAUCCUGCCUUCUGAAGACACAGCAUCACAGCUGGUGGUUCUGAUGGGUUGGGGUAAACAUGUUUACUCUGUCCUGCAGGCAGUGGCAUGUAGCGUGGGCCUCCAUACAGCGGGCUCUGCCAAAAGUCCUGUUUAAAAAAGUCAUCUUGAUUUGCA